AUGUAACACCCUGGCAUACAUAGUUGACAGAGGUAUUGCAGAUCUCGCAGCUGUGGAAUAUGUGGCCCACAUCUGAGAAGGCUGCGUGUGUGACUGUUUAGGCCAGAAGACAGAGAUGGACAUCCUGGAAACGAGUGCUCAUGACCGCAGACAACGCAGGAACACGACCUGUGUGCUGUUUCUUUAUCUCCUCCCUUUUUUUGCAUCCUGUACGAUAUACUUCUACCUGUGGAUCCCAGACUCCGCCCCCUCUCUUCUGGCCGCUGGCAUUAAGGCCGCUCCCAUCCUCUGUCUGGUCCUUCUGGUGCUCAGCUAUAAUGGGGGGUGGGGUCUAGUGGGCGUGGCUGGAGGGUUGCUGCUCUCAGCGGGCGGAGACUGUUGCCUUAUUUGGCCAGAACUUUUUAUCCAUGGACUGGGCUGUUUUGCUCUGGCCCACUUGCUUUACUCUAUUUCCUUCCUGUCCUCUCGAUAUUCUGCAACAUCUUCGUCUGCCUCGUACUUUAUUCUCUACCUCAUCCUGUGGUUGUUCGGCAUUGGAAUGUAUGCUUACCUGGUGCCCUUCCUACGGCUUGAACCAGAAGCUGACCUUCUCGUCCCAGCCAUAGGGGGUUACAUACUGCUCAUUGUUAUCAUGGCCACACUGGCUGCUCGUACACGGCGGCCGCUCAUCCUGCUGGGCAGCCUGGUCUUCAUGGCUUCUGACCUCACGAUUGCACUGACAAAGUUCAAUGUCUUUGAUGUAGAAUACAAAAAGCACAUUAUUAUGACAACAUACUACCUGGCACAGCUGAUGAUUGCGCUGGGUGACGUGAAGGCAGUGCUGGAGGAGGAUGCUGAUGAUAUCCACAAGUGGAAGAGAUCAUAAGACUGCUGUUGAUGACUGAUGUUGGUUCAGUGAAAGGUUAAUCACUGUAUAAAAUGGUUACAGGACAUGCUUACUGUACAUCCCUAAAUAUAAGAAAUAUUACACAGUCUGACCUAUCAACUAAGACUUUUGUCUAGCUUCACUACAGCAGAUGAACUUGGCCUAACAGACUCUGCUGAACUGAACUGAUUUGAUUACAUUUAAAACAACUGUAUGUAGUUUUGCCCAUCUCUGCGACUUUGGAGCCCCCAACAGUUAAGUGAAUGGAAUUCAAUGUCGUAAAUACCACUGUUGUAAAGCAAUCCGCCCUUUUCGUGGCAUUUCGUACCUGCUCAACAAAGAAUUAGGCCCUACAUAUUCCCAGAACAGACAUUUUGGGGCUAGUGUGAGAAAGAAACCGAAUUCCUUUGACUUGUUAGAAGUCAGUGUACCUUCAGAAUGAUUUUGAAACCGGUAUUCCAAAGACAAUAAUCUUACAUACAGUUGCUAAAGGUAUUAAAUAUUUCUUAUCCAACACAAAUAUUUAUGCUCCGAUGCUCCACGAUACUCUAACCUUUGCUAGUUUCUAGAGCAGAGAUGAGUCUGUCACAUAUAGUAAUAUAGCACAUGAAGUCACAGUGUUACAGAUUUGUUUAUUGACUGAUUCAUGGUACUUUGUAAUUCUGUUGACUUUAUGUAAUGAAUAUAUUAUAGUAUAGGCUAAAACAUCAUGGAAUGUUGUGUUUUUGUGGCAUGCAAUCCAAAAGUCAGAGAUCACUUUUAAAUAAAAUAAAAGCA